GCACGGUUUGUUUGUAGCCCGGAUGUUCUAUGGCGGACGGUCUGUUUGGUGUGUUGGUAUUUCUGGUAGCCCUCUUGUGUUACCUGAACACAUUGAAAGCUGAUUUUGCAUAUGAUGACAGGUUUGUUGAUUUCGUUUUGUAUUCGACUAGGAAAAAAUGAAACUGAAGCGUAGACUGGCGCUGCGGUACUAGACAUUGACGUCGAGCUAUUUUGAGCAAUGCUGAUCUCAAACCAAACCGACCUUUGUGGAAUCUUUUCUUCAAUGAUUUCUGGGGCACGCCUCUCACUCACAGUGGCAGUCACAAGUCUUAUCGACCACUAUGUGUAGCAACCUUCAGACUGAACUAUGCAUUAGGGCAGCUUAAUCCCAUGGGAUACCACCUUCUCAACGUUUUACUGCAUUCUAUCACUUCUCUCUGUUAUUUUCUUCUUAUCAGGGGUUUGACUUUUCAUUGGACAGCUUUCUUCUCUGCUCUUUUGUUUGCAACUCAUCCAAUUCACUGUGAGGCAGUUGCAGGAGUAGUCGGAAGGGCAGAUAUAUUGGCUGGUCUUUUCUUCUUUCUUUCAUUGCUUGUGUACAUGAACUGUUGCCAGUCAUGUUCUCUGACUGGUUGUCUCUUUUCAUUGUUGUUGGCAGGACUGUCUAUGUUGUGCAAAGAACAGGGCAUCACCGUUCUGGCAGUAUGUGCUGUUUAUGAUGUAUUCGUUUCAUCACGUUGCCAACUCAAUUACAUAUUUUCUAUUCUUUUUGAUGGUCGUUUCUCUGGGUUACGUUUGCGUUUUUUCAUCUUGUUUGCUGGUGGUAUCACAUUGUUGAGUAUUCGUGUUGCUUUAAUGGGUAACAAACCUCCAGAUUUUGCUCCAUCUGACAAUCCAGCUGCUGACUCUGAGCAUCUGCUUACCAGAAUUUUAACCUUCAACUUUCUUCCUGCCUUCAACACUUGGCUUCUUCUUAGUCCAGCUACCCUUAGUUUUGACUGGUCAAUGCAGGCUAUUCCUGUACUAGAGUCGUUGUCUGAUGCAAGGAAUGUGGUGUCUAUUGUCUUCUACUGUUGUCUGGUUCUUUUGGCAGAUGUGUGUCUUGCAUCUGUUAGUGGAAUUGCUAAUUACAAAGGAAUAGUAUAUGGCAGGUUGCAAUUGCUUACUAGUGCAACAGAGAAAUCAGUGGAGAAGAGGGAUAAAAACUUUGAAGCUAAAAGUGUGCAUGACAACAGUGUGGAUUGCCUUGUUUUGUCUCUCUCACUGAUGGUGUUUCCUUUUCUUCCUGCCACAAAUUUUUUGUUCUAUGUUGGCUUUGUGGUGGCUGAAAGAAUUCUCUAUAUCCCCAGUGCCGGAUUCUGUCUACUUGUUGCUCUUGGUGCUGAGAAAUUGUGGAUGUCAGCUACAACAAAGGCUAUGAGAAAGGUGAUAUUAAUGGGUGUUUUGUCCGUCUUGCUGUUGUUUAUCAUGAGGACAGUACGCCGUAAUGAAGACUGGCAGAAUGAAGAAAGCCUAUACAGAUCUGGCAUCUCUGUCAAUCCAGCUAAAGCUUGGGGUAAUUUGGCAAACGUUUUGAAAGGCAGUGGGAGGACAGAUGAAGCAGAGGCAGCAUAUCGCAAUGCAUUGAGUUACAGACCAAAUAUGGCAGAUGCUCAUUACAAUCUAGGAAUUUUGCUACAAGAAGGUACCCGUUAUCAGGAAGCAAUAGUGAGUUACAACAAUGCUGUCAAGUUCAGACCAACGCUUGCAUCUGCUCAUCUUAACCUUGGAAUAGUGUUGGAAGAGGUAAAUGAAAAGAAAGAAGCAGAGAAGGUUUUUCGUCAUUGCAUCACAAUUCCUGAUGAAGGUCUCAAAGAUCCCAAAGCUCAUGCCCAUGCAGUAACUUCUUGUAAGUAUAACUUAGGAAGACUUCUUCAUCGUCAAGGACGCAAUCAGGAAUCUGUUGACAUAUACAUGUAUGCUAUCAACAACCUGCCACUGGACUAUGCCCCUCAAAGUUUAUACAACAUGCUGGGUCAAACACUGACUGCAAUGAACAGAUUUCAAGAAGCAGAAAUGUGGUACAACAAGGCACUAGUGUCAAAACCUGACCACAUGCCUGCACAUCUCACAUUAGCAGAAUUAUAUGCCAAAACAGAUCGUGUUGACUCUGCCAGAAAAUUGUUUGAGAAAGCAAUUGAAUUACAGCCAGCGGCAUCUGAUCCAUAUACUCACUACGGGCACUUUCUGCGUGGAUUGGGUGACUUAUCAACUGCUGCCACGCAGUUUGGGAAAGCAGCUGACAUUGCUCCUGAUAAUUUUGACAUUGUUUUUAAUGCAGGAAAUAUAUGCAGAGAAGCUCAACUGUAUGGGGAUGCUGAGAUGUAUUACAGGAAGGCUUUGAAGCUCAAUUCCCAGAGUGCAGGAGUGAACAUGAAUUUGGGUGCUUUGCUACACCUUUUGAAAAGAUAUGAAGAAGCAGAGACUUACUACAAUGCAGCACUAAAGCUACAGCCUGGAGACACCCUCACAAUAGACAACUUGAGAAAACUGAAACAAGUUAUGCAAAAGCAAUCAGUUAGUUGACACAUUUGUAUCAUAGUCAGCAGUAUUGUACUUGAGUAUUUUGUUAAUGGCUGGACAGAAUUGGUCAAAAAUUAAAAUAUUAGAGUGCUAGCUUUUUCAUAUA